AUGCUAGCUGAGCGAUAUGGAUUGAAAGAGACUCACCAUGUCUACCUUGAGGAAUCUGUGGCGAUGUUUCUCGAGACUGUUGGUCAAGAUAAGACGAAGCGGGAUAUUGCUGCAAGGUAUCAAAGAUCAUUGGAUACGUUUGCGGAGGAUACAUUAAGACCACAAGAAGGCGAGUUUGGAAGAGUGAGUCCGGUUUUGAGGAAUGAUGAUCGGUAUUGGCCUCAUUUCAGAGAUUGUGUUGGAGCACUCGAUGGAACUCAUGUGCCGGUUCGCCCUCCAAGUCACAAUGCAGAAGCAUAUAAAGGUAGAAAGCAAGAUCCUACAAUGAAUGUUCUUUCUAUAUGUAACUUCGACAUGAAGUUCAUAUACGCAUAUCUCGGUGUACCUGGUAGAGCACAUGAUACAAAGGUUUUGACUCAUUGUGCGAGGAAUGAGGCUUCUUUUCCACAUCCUCCUCCUGGAAAGUAUUAUCUAGUUGACUCGGGAUAUCCGACCAGGACGGGGUAUCUUGGUCCGCAUCGUAGUAUGCGAUAUCAUCUUGGUCAGUUUGCUAGAGGAGGACCACCUGUUAGUGCACGAGAGUUGUUCAACCGAAAGCAUUCAGGAUUGCAAUCGGUGAUUGAGAGGACAUUUGGAGUACGGAAAGCAAAAUGGAGGAUUUUGGAUCAUAAGCAUCCAAAGUAUUGUCUGGUCAAGUGGAUUAAGCUCGUGACAGCGACGAUGGCGCUACACAACUUCAUACGUGAUUCGCAUCGGGAAGAUCAUGAUUUUGUACAAUGGCAAAGUGAUGAUGAUGGAGAAGCAGAAGGAGAAGAAGCUGAUAGUGACAGUGAUGAAGAAGAAGAUGAUGAUGAUGGUGGUGGUGGUGGACAUACUGUAUAUGAGCCGACUGGUGAUAGAGCGAUGGAAGCUUUGCGUAAGAACAUCACAGAUGAAUAUGGUAGAGGUCGUUUACCGUAUUAA